UGAUGUUGGUGAACAUGACUCCUCUUUCUCUGCUGUUUAUACUCUUCAUAGCAGGAGUUUAUGGUCAGUCUGGUUUUGGUGUGAGUUACGGCUCUCCACACAUCUGUGCACUACAGGGCUCAGCAGUGACAAUGAGCUGCACUUUUUCAUAUCCUUAUAGAAGUUAUGUUGUAAGAGCAUUCUGGACUAAAAUACAAGUUAGAGAAGAGAAUGAAGAGUUUCCAGAUCUCUCUGUGGACCCUGAAUACAGUCAGAGGAUUCAGUAUGUGCUAAAUAACCAGUGGAAUUUCAACCUCAGACUGAGUCAUGUGACAAAAAAAGAUGAACGAGAGUAUUAUUGCAGAUUCACCACUGAAAUAGCUGCUAAUAAAUGGAUUGGCAUUCCAGGAGUGCGUCUCUCAGUCACAGAUCUUCAGCUGGAGUCUCCUGAGAGAGUGACAGAGGGAGAUUCAGUCCGUCUGACAUGUAACAGCAGCUGUAAACUGACUGACACACCAACAUUCAUCUGGUACAGAAACUCACAGAGAAUAACAGGGAAUAUUCAUCAUGAACUCCUUGUUCAUCAAGUCAGAAGAGGACUAACAGACAACUAUAGCUGUGGUGUGCUGGGAAGCUUUUACAUCUCUCCUGUUGUUUCUUUUGAUGUCAGAUCUUUUCUACCAAAAAUUAGUAGCAUUGCUAUCACUGAAUAUGAGGGCAAAAGCAUUACAUUUCGCACCAGCUACACAGAGGGCUUUGAGACAAACAGCAAGUACUUCAGCAGAUCAGACACAUUCUUCUCUGAGAAACUAGUAGAGACUUCUGAAUCUAACCGAUGGACAACACAUGGCAGAUUCGCUAUUUUCGACAACACAUCCGCGCACGUAAUCAUCGCCACCAUCUUGAAUUUGACCAUGGAAGAUUCCGGCUCGUACACUGUGGGUGUGGAUGUGACACUGCUGCCUGAUUAUGAUGCUGAAAUACAGCUGACUGUAAUGAGAGAAAACCACGACACCACCACAGAGACUCACAACACCAUCACAGAGACUUACAACACCGUCAACAGGUACCUGAGUAAAUCAGAGGGACUGUGA